AUGAGUUUCGAAAACAAAGUGGUACUCGUGACUGGUGCAAGCGCUGGUAUCGGUAAAGCCAUAGCGUUACUAUUCGCCGAGCGCGGCGCACGACUUGCGAUCGUCGGUCGCAACGCGGAGAAGCUGCGCGCAGUCGCAGACGAGUGCGCGGUCGCAGUCGCAAGCGCAGGGCGGCCGCUGGAGAUCGUAGCUGAUCUGUCGACGGACGAGGGGUGCGAGAGGACGGCGAAAGAGACAUUGGACCAUUAUGGAAGGCUAGACGUCCUGAUAAACAAUGCGGGAGUGGGCGCACGGACGGACCUCGCGCGGACUGACAUGGCGAUAUUUGAUGAGGUUUUCAACACGAACGUAAGAGGCGUUUACAACCUCACGCGGCUAUUGGCACCAGCUCUUAUUGAAAGCAAGGGUAACAUCGUCAACAUUUCGAGCAUAUCCGGUACGGCGGUGGCGGUGGGGAGCCUGCCUUACAGCAUGUCGAAGGCAGCGCUAGACCACUUCACAAAACUGAUCGCGCUCGAGUUGGCUCCAAAAGGCGUUAGAGUCAACACAGUGAGCCCUGGAGUCACAGUCAGUGAUUUCGUCCAACGCAUAACUGGCAUCACCGACGAGGCGUACUCUGAGUUCCUAACCAACAUGGCCAAAAGCAUCCCCAUGCGGCGCGUAUGCCAGCCUGAGCACAUAGCCAAGAUGGUGGUAUUCUUGGCCAGCGAGGAUAGUGAACUAGUCACGGGGACUAUAGUUAAAGUCGACGGCGGAGCUGAGCUGCAUGUCGACUUUACAUACAUGGCGAAGCAGGCACAGAAAUAAGAAAAAAGUGACUUCUACAAAAUUAAUGACUGAAUGAAAAUCUUUAUUUCAGGCAACUAGUGGAACAUACAUAAAUACCUUAAAACUAGCAUACAUAUUAUAAAAAUAUAUUUUAAAACUAAACACUACUUAUACUAAUUCCUUUACCUUAGGUUUACUAAUUAGCUGAGUAAACAAAUAUUACAAGGAAGUAUAAAACAAUCGGGGGCCCAUUUCUUGAACGGUAUUAGUCUAAUAUUAGGUAUUAGUGUGUUGCCAUGGUAACCCAUACGACUUGCCAGUUUGUGGACUAAUAAUAUUAGUCUAAUAUCGUUCGAGAAAUGGGCACCACAGUUCGUGGACUAAUAAUAUUAGUCUAAUAUCGUUCGAGAAAUGGGGCCCUAGGUCUAUAUAUAUUAUUAUUACUAGGGAAUGCAAUCUCGAUCUCGCGAGAUCUAGAUGUCGUCGGCAGGAAAACCCGGUUGUUGCAAUUUCGAUCGAGAUUUUUAUAAACUUAGCUGCAACUUCAUUCUUCUGUAACUUUGCCGUUGCAUGUCACAAUAGGAUAAUAUUGUGACGUCUGUGACUUGUGACGUCACGUCAGUUUACAAACAACAAACAACAAUAAGCGUGUGAAACGAGAAGAUGACUCGGCACGAGAAGCCCUGUAACACGACAUAGUCUGCCAACGUCAGUGUCGAGGUAAAAACAAUAAAAACAUUGUAAUUAUUCUUUAAUAAUGUUUCUUAU